AUGUUUGACAGCUCGCAGUAUCCCUACAAUUGCUUCAACUACGACGCCGACGACUACCCAGCCGGCAGCUCCGAGGAGGAGAAGCGGCUCACCCGGCCCGCGUACAGCUACAUCGCGCUGAUCGCCAUGGCCAUUCAGCAGAGCCCCUCGGGCAGGGUGACGCUGUCCGGCAUCUACGACUUCAUCAUGCGCAAGUUCCCCUACUACCGAGCCAACCAGCGCGCGUGGCAAAACUCCAUCCGCCACAACCUGUCCCUCAAUAGCUGCUUCGUCAAGGUGCCUCGGACUGAGGGCCACGAGAAAGGCAAGGGCAACUACUGGACGUUCGCAGGCGGCUGCGAGUCGCUGCUGGACCUCUUCGAGAACGGCAACUACCGGCGGCGCAGGCGGCGCAGGGGCCCCAAGCGGGAAGGGGCCGGGGAGGCGCGCGCGGGGGACACCGAGGGGCCUCCGGGGUCGCAGGAGCCAGCCCCCCGCCCCCACCAGCCCCUGGCCCCCGCCAGCCCAGCCGCUCCGGGGAAGGAGGAGCACAGGGGCAUCAAGUUCAGCAUUGACUACAUCCUGUCCUCCCCAGACCCGUUUCCUGGGCUCAAGUGUCCCCUGGGCCUGCAGGAAGGCAGGAACCCCCGGCUGGAGGCCCAGCAAAUGAACCUCCACGUUUGGACAAUAUGA